GCCGGGAGCACGUUGUAGCAACGUUACGAUACCUUCAGUCAAGUUUCAGUAAGAAUGCAGCUUCGAGGACGCGCGGGCGCUAGUUGCAUAAAGGUCGCGAAAACGUUUUUUUGGGCGCCUUCUUCUAGGGCCCCGGCGACUUCCUAGAGAAGAGAUGCAAACAGACGAUGGUGCCGCCGCCCCAAACCGAAGGCUGCGAACCGGACUUGGCCGCGGUUGGGACGUGGCUAGAAUCAAACCCAGAAAUCCUCGAAAAAUGGCUGCGAGAACACGCUUCCGUCGACCUUCGUCAGAGAACUCUGCAAGCUGUCACCACCUCGACAGUUACCACAAUCACCGCAAUGCCAGUAUCAUGCUACAACUCCAAUUCCACUAACAGCCAAGUCCUGUGCUGGUAUCCUUCUUCUAGUAGCAACAGCAACGAGUGCAAUCUUCAAAAUGUCCGUCCACGCCGUGACUAUGCGUCAAUGGUCGAGUCCGAUCUUUUUAUGGAACUAAUUCGCGAUAUUGCCAAUGAACUUAACAUCGAUGUGCUCUGUCAUAAGAUUUUGAAGAAUGUCUCGCUACUAACGAAUGCUGACAGAGGGUCCUUGUUUUUGGCAAAAGGACCGCCGGAAUGUCGAUAUUUAGUGUCGAAGUUUUUUGACGUUAGGCACGAUACGAGUUACGAUGAAGCGGUUAAACUGGCAAGAUUAGAAGAAACUCGGAUUGCAUUUGGGGUUGGAAUUGCUGGAACGGUGGCUCAAAAUAAGAUUAUGAUUAAUAUUAAAGAUGCUUACAAGGAUCCACGUUUCAACAACGAAGUCGACCUUCGAACCGGUUACAAAACGAACAUCAUUUUAUGCAUGCCAAUAUGCAACUACGAAGGAGAUGUCAUCGGUGUGGCUCAGAUUAUCAACAAAACUGACAAUUCUCCGGAGUUUUCCAAUCACGAUGUCGAAGUUUUUCAACGAUAUUUGACAUUUUGCGGAAUCGGCAUCCAGAAUGCUCAGCUAUUCGAAGUGUCUGUGCUGGAGUAUAAACGAAAUCAGAUCCUUCUCAAUCUAGCAAGAAGCAUUUUCGAGGAACAAAAUAAUCUGGAAUGUCUGGUUACUAAAAUAAUGAGGGAAGCUCAAGAUUUACUCAAAUGUGAGCGCUGUGCGGUUUACCUCCUGGAUCUUGAUUGUUGUGAGGCGCAGAAUCAUCUAGAACGUAUUGUGGAAAGACCAGGGAGAGCAGUUCAAAGACAUGGGCCGUUAAAUCGGAUGAUCAGUGGUUCUGUAACUGGACAGGACAUGAUAAACAAUUUUUUUGAAAAGCCAAGUCCCUUCACUACGAUUUUCGAAUUGAGGGAAGGUGGAAACAAAACUUUAGUGUCAAGGCCUUCCUCAUUUGAUCUAGCUGGUUCCACUCUAGCUCAGAUAGCUGGGUACGCUGCUUCUACAGGACAAAUAUUGAAUAUUGGUGAUGUGGGAGCGUGGCUGUGUGAAAAACAUAGCGAAGGAGAUGCGGAAACUGCAACGACAAUACUUUGUAUGCCAAUAAUAAAUGGACAAAGGAAUCUUAUAGGUGUAGCACAAUUAAUUAAUAAAGAAAACGGGGCACCUUUUACUGACUGUGAUGUAUCUCUAUUUGAAGCCUUUGCCAUAUUUUGUGGUUUGGGUAUUCACAAUACUCAAAUGUACGAGAACGCUUGUAAAUUAAUGGCCAAGCAAAAAGUAGCACUUGAAUGCUUGUCAUAUCACGCAACUGCUAGUAAUGAUGUCACUGAGAAGCUUGUGAAAGAGAAUAUUCCGUCUGCUGAGAGAUUCAAUUUGUACAGUUUUACUUUCAUCGAUUUUGAAUUAUCAGACGAGGAAACUUGUAAAGCAACGAUUCGAAUGUUUCUAGAAUGUAAUUUGGUCCAGCAAUUUCAUAUUCCUUAUGAGGUGUUAUGCAGAUGGGUACUAAGUGUGAAGAAAAAUUACCGUCCCGUAAAAUAUCACAACUGGAGGCACGCUCUCAAUGUGGCCCAAACAAUGUUUGCUAUGUUCAAAACUGGGAAAAUGGAAAGGUUCAUGAGUGACUUGGAAAUGCUAGGACUUCUAGUGGCAUGCCUUUGCCACGAUCUAGAUCACAGAGGGACUAACAAUGCCUUCCAAACCAAGACAGAGUCGCCGUUAGCCAUUCUUUACUCUACCAGUACCAUGGAACAUCACCAUUUCGACCAAUGCGUGAUGAUACUCAACACUGACAGCAAUAAUAUUUUUCAAGCACUUUCCCCAGAUGACUAUAGAAGGGUGAUGAAAUUAGUGGAAACGGCCAUUUUGUCGACGGAUUUGGCGAUGUAUUUUAAGAAGCGAAGUAAAUUUAUGGAACUUAUCGAUAAUGGAGAAUUCGAUUGGCAGAGUGACGAUAAAAAGGACUUAUUAUCUGGAAUGAUGAUGACUGCGUGUGAUGUCAGCGCGAUAGCCAAACCUUGGGAGGUGCAGCAUCGGAUAGCGAAAUUGGUUGCUGAUGAAUUUUUUGAUCAAGGCGAUCUGGAGAAGAUGCAGUUAAAGGAACAACCAAUAGCAAUGAUGGAUAGAGAACGUAAAGACGAAUUACCCCAGAUGCAAGUAGGCUUCAUUGACGUCAUUUGUUUACCUUUAUACAAAGUUCUAUCGGAAACUUUUCCUUGGAUGAAACCUUUGUAUCAGGGAACUUCCGACAAUAGAAAACAUUGGCAAGAUUUGGCCGAGAAGGUCGAAAUGGGACUCACGUGGAUCGAUCACGAUACAAUUGAUAAGCCGGUUGAGGCAUUCACAGAAUUGGAAGAGACCAAAGACAUUGAACUCACCGUACAAACGCUUCACACAGUAUCAUCUGCACCGCCCGUAGAAAUUAAGAAAAGGCACAAAAAACUCUGUUGCAUGUUGUGACUAUCAAAAUUUGACUUUGUUUGUUGCAAAAGGAAUCGUGCUUUGGAUUAUGUUUAAUUGCGUGUAAUUAUUGUAUAAAGCUGAUAAUAUGUGAACAAUGAGGGUUUUUUAAACAAAUAAAUCACUUUAUCCCGAAGUAGGUACUUAAAUAAUACUUUUUUAAAAAAUUUGAAAAUAAUAAAGUGAUUUUUUUAAUGCAUUUUGUAUUAAAUUAUAAUGGUGGAUUCUAAAAAUAGGUAAAAAUUUCUCCAAAACAACAGCCGGGCUACUACGCAGAAAAUAAUAUGCAGUUGUGAAAUCAGGUCUAAUAAAGUAUUAUAAUACUGAGCAUUUUUAGAUAUUAUAUUAUUAUGUUGAUAUUUGAUUUAUUAGAAAGUUUAUAACAAAAAAAAUAGUGAAUAUGUAUGGAUAGUGAGAAGAAAAGACAUUUUGUAUAAAAGCAGUAGGUACUCAACUUAUUGUUGUUAAUAUGUCUUGAUAUUGAUAUUAAUUAAUUAAUGAUAGUAUUUGCUGUAUUUUUUUUUGUAUUAAUUAUUGCUUUAAGCUUCAUACAUUUUUAUAGUUUUAAUUUUCUUACAUGGCAUUUGGUGUUGAAGAUUGUUGUUAGCUAUUUAUGUAUAUUUGUUUAACAGGUUAACAAGAAGUAAUUCUUGAUAAUUUCAACCAUUUUCAAGAAGUAGGUAAUCAAUCUGAUAGUAGUCAGAGUUUUUUAGGUUUCCAUAUAGGGUCUUCUCGUGUUUGAAUUUAUUAAUAUCCCUUUAUAUUGAAAAAAAUUGAUUAUCCCAUUGGUCCAAAUAGUCCAAUAAUAACUUUCAGGGGGAUGUUUUAGAGUGAAUAAUGGAAUGCAACAAUUUCUUGAGGGGAUGAAAGCAUGAAAAUCUAAUUUGUGUCCUGAAUUUCUGGAACUAGCAAUUCCAAAGGUAAAGUUCAUUACAAUUUAAAUGAGGCCCCCAUUUUGCCUUGGCAUGGCUAACGAAACUGCUUAUCACACACCUAGUAUAAAUAAUAAAUAGGAAAGGCGAGAGAGUAUUAGGAUGAAAUUUAUGAUUUUAAGCCUAGUGCUAGUGAAAACAGUUUUACUAAUAAAGAAAGCUGUAUGUGUACCUAUACCUACUGGAGAUUUACACAAACCAUCUCAAAUAAACUCCAAAAAUAUACCAGUUUACCCUUAUGAUAUUCCAGUCAUUAGUCAUCUUUUUAGACAUUCAUUUGAAUAGCUUUUUAGAUACGACCAAACCAUGAAACCUUAGUAUGUAGUAUACAUUUUUUUAUUUAUUUUUUAAUUCUUAUAUGUUCCUGGAAAAUGACACCCUGAAUGUUCACACGUCACAAAAUAUUCGACUCAUUUUGUAAAAAAAUUAGUUAAUUUAUAAUUAGCGAAUCACUGUCUCGAUAUUUUAUCGAAAAUUCCAAAAUAAUAUCAUGAUUUUUCCAGAUUAAGGUUGACGCUCAACGCAUCUAAUUCUUGAGGAUAUUACAAAAAAUGGAGACCACAGAGUCUAGAGAAGAAAAAAAAAAUCUAUUAUUUUUUUCUGUGUUUUCAAAAUAAACAUUAACAUUUUACUUUGCCUCUGUGACCUGCAUACAAGGAGAAACAAAAAAGGAUAAGAUAGGCCUCAUAAUCGGUAAAGAUACAAAAAAAUGUAAAGCAGCAACACUAUCAAAAUUUAAAAAAAAAAAAAUCAAAACCAAAUAUAAGCAAUAUAUUGUAUCAAACUAACUGACUAAUUGACACACCAACGUAAUCGUAUAGCAACAUGUUAAGUGUUUUAGUGACUAAAAUAUUGUGUAAAGUAUCUAACUUCUAGUCAUUGAAUGUUUUUCAUUGAUAUUAUUUUUUUUGUCAAAGAUCGGCCACUUUUACUGCACCGGCUGAUCUAGAAGCACAUAAUAUAAGUACAUGCGUAGUUUAUAAUUUUUGUUAUUUAACGAUAAUUAUGUUGCAGUCGCUUCUUGUCUUAACUAUUGAUGUAGGGAGAGUCUUAAUAUUUUUUUAUUCUAAAUAAACGAAUUAACCUCAAUUGACUA